AUGUAUCAAACAAGAUCCCAAAUAUUCCCUUGCAUUUAUCUUAUCGAUGGUGUGGGCAAUCCUUCGUUUCUAGAAAUCAAACCAGAGUAUAGUUCUUAUGCUCGCCAUUGUAACAGACCCAUUCAAUUGACCCCUAAGUUUCACUACCCUCCAGGGAGCGUGUUUUUAGUUGGUUUGUGUAAUGGAUUUACUUGUUUCGUGAAUGACUCGACGAAUAUUGAUCAGAAACAUUCUCUUUAUAUUGGUAAUCCUCUUUUGGGUGAAUAUUUUGAAGUUAAAUUGCCUAAAUGGGAGAUUACUGAUUGUGGUGUUACUUAUGGAUUUUGUUUUAGCAAAGCGUCUGGAAAGUAUAAGGUAUUGAGAUUAGUAGUUGGAAAGCUUACUAAAGUAUCAGGAUUGGAAGUUUAUACUGUUGGAGUUGGUGAGAAAUGGAGAAAUGUGGAGAAGGUCAAGUCCCUGCCAGCUCCACCCGGACUGGUAAAUCCACCCUGGAACUUGAAGCUAGUAGAGUUGGGGAAUUAUUUGUGUUUGACUGAUUAUUACAACACUAAUAUUGAUAUUUGGCGGAUGAAAGAGUAUGGGGUUUCUGAAUCUUGGACUAAAGAUAUCAUUUUGGUGGAUUCUAUUCCGCGUGGUCUGGUUCACUUUAAUUUUGAACCGAUACUUAUGUGGAAAGAUGGAGAACUAUUAAUUCAAAGUGGCACAAAGCUAGCUUUGUAUGACCCAAAAAUGAAGAGUUUCAGGUUGGUUUAUUUUUACAGUGAGGUCAUUACAGCGAUUACAUACAUUCCAAGCUUUUACUCACUCAAAACUGUCAUGGGGGACAAAUUUCAAGUUUCAAAUGUUUAUCCAAAGACUCGGAUAGUUUAG